CAACAGUCGAACUUGAGCAGAUGAAAAUGAGAGAUAUCUCAGGGAUGCCGGCGAGACGUGAGGAAGGUCCCCUGCAACGGGAGAUCCCACAAGAGAAGACUGUAUGUCCGUCGUCUAGUAUGUGCGCAGAUGGAGUUUCUCGCGGUCCGGCCUCGUUGCCUGAGAGCCUCAUGAGAGCACCUGGUGGCCCAGUAGACUCCUCUAAGCCUUCGGUUGUGAGCAAGUCGACGAAUGAUAAUCGAACUGUCGAGGAGGGCGUCUCGCAUAUCGUCAGCGAGGAUGAAGAACCCGUGGCGGGGAACAAAAGAGGGCCUGGUGGCCGUUGGGUCAGGAUCCAUAUUUUUCAAAAUGAAAACGAAGCUGAUGAGUGGCUCGGAAAGCUGCAGAAAGAACAAAUCCAUUCAACUCUCAGGACAAAUCGAACAACUAGUGGUACGAAAAAGUACAUGUACUGCAGUGCAUGCGGUCAUCCAAGUCGCAACCGUCGGAUUGCAAAGGACCAGGACACAGGAGAGGCACCUAUUGUGCCUGAGAUGAUCAUGGUGCACUAUUUGGCGAUGAGUUCAGUCGUGCAUGUUUACUCCAAUGAGCAACCACAUCGGCAUCAUCAUCAUUCUCCCAAAGAAGGGCGAUCAUUGGGCAUGGAACCGCGAAUGAAGGAGCUAGUGGAUGAACAGCUGGCUCUGGGAGUGUACUGCAUACCGGUGAUACAAAGAGCAUUGCGGGAUAUCACGGGAAUACAAAGUGACGCCGAGCUUCCAGGAUAUAGACAAAUUGAGUCCUAUGUACGUGUUUACAAACUCGCGGAGAGGGCCGGCAACGUUCCAUCGAUUCAAUAAAGUCUUGGUCUACUUGCAUAAUUAUAAAUCGCUCU